AUGAUAAAUUUAAAUGCUUUCCUGGACAGCCUGAAGUUAACAUGGCUUAGAAGAUUACUUAAAGAAAAUAGCAAAUGGAAACUCCUUGUGGAUAAUAUGUUUAAUUUUAAUAAAUUACUUAUUUUUGGCCAAAGUUAUUGUGAAGCAACUAUAGACACACUUUCCAAUAAUUUCUGGAGGGACGUACUCCGGUCGUACUCAAAAUUAUUACAAGCAUAUGUGCCUCAAGGGGACUUUGACUUUCUAUCAAGUCCUUUAUUAUAUAACAAAAAUAUUAAAAUUGGUGGAAUCCCAAUUAAUUCCCAAUCUUGGUAUAAAAAUGGUUUAUUUUAUGUAAAUGACAUUAUAAAUCAAAAUGGAGUCAUAUACACUCUAAAAGAAUUAGAAGAAAAACUUAACAUAAAGUUAAACUUUUUACAAUACAUCGGAUUUAAAGCAUCAUUAACAUCAUAUAAAUCAAAAAUUCCGAAGAUAACUGGAGUUACAAAACUAACAUAUCCUAUAAGACCACCCAUAAUAAAUUUAUUUUUUAAAAGCACAAAAGGAUGUAGUGAUUUUUACAAUAUUCUUAAUAAAAAUAAUGAUGUACCAACAUCUAAAGGUAAAUGGGACAACACUUACAAUAUAGAAAAUGAAACUUGGAAAGAGAUUUAUCAAUCCCCCUUCAAUCUCCCAGUCAGCUCAUUAUUACAAUGGUUUCAGUAUAGAAUAAACCACAGAAUUUUAUCCACUAAAUCAUAUUUAUAUAAGAUCAAAAUUAUUGAUAGUCCAUUAUGUACAUCAUGCAACCUAACAGUAGAUGAGACAAUUACUCAUAUGCUUUGGAGUUGCCCAGAAACUAAAAAAUCAAUGCUCCACUCUAAAAAUAUCCAGUUUAACCUUUCUGAAGAAUUAUAUAUAUUUAAUAUUGGUAAACGAUAUAAUAUUGGAACUUUAAUCCUAAUUCUAGAAACAAAAUAUUAUAUCUUCUCUUCAAAAAGAUUAGGCAUACCUCUGUCUAUUAAAGCAUUUAAAAAUAGGAUAAGAUGGUCAUUUACUGCAUAUGAACAUAUUGCCAAAAAAACUAACAGACUAGACACCUUUGAGAAAUAUUUGAAGCCAAUCUUGCAGGCAUGUGGGUAUAUGCAGGAUAACUUGCCUCAAACAUAACCAGACCAUGACAAUUAUCAUAAGACAUUACAAAAAUUUUACUAUUAUUCAUCAGUGUAAACAGGUGACCACACAGACACAGACUGCCUCUUCUCUCUUUUUUUUUGGCUUCUAUUCUUCAUUACUUUCAGCCACCAAACUCUAUUACUAAAAUUAAUGGAAUUUUAAUUCUCUCCAUGCAUAUGAUAUGGAAUUAUCUUUCAAACUUUCAUAUCUGUGAAACAUACCAAUGAUUAGAAUAUAUGAUCAAUGAUUAAAAUGUACAUAUUAUUUGCAUAAUUUGCAUAUAUAACAGUAUUAUGUAUAUAUAAUUGUAAGGUGCAGUAGGGGAUGAUUCCUCGACCCCUGCUUCACCUAUUUACGGGGAGAAUAAAUGGGUCACCUUUAGGUGGCUGGA